AUAAAACCACCAAAACUUAAUCGAUUCACAAACUACACCAUUCAUACCCAAAUGGAGCGUACAUUCAAAGUUUAGCGACGCCCCCUAUUUUCCUAAAGUUCUAAAACUGUUUUUUUUCUUCUCUCCCUUUUUGGUUGUUUCUUCCCCCCGUGUACAGGAAAAGGACUAGGAAAUUUUGAAACCUGUGUCGUGUUAAAAAAACUGUUCUCCAGGUAAUGAGUUCAGCCUACAUUUAUCAGCGUUGUCGUCGGCCCGUCUUCCCUUCAUAUCUCUAUACAAGGAUUUUAAUAUUUAAAUAGGACAAGUCGAAUGUGCCCGUUAAGUAGUGAAGUUCUGUGUCUAUCUUGACUAGCGGGGACCAAUUGACAUAUUUACAGAAGACCUCGAUGAUGUAACACGUGGACAAUGUUUUUAACAUCUUGGCAGUAGAAACAAUGAAAUGGGAUCGACUGUACAAUUCCUAGUGUUCUUCAUUAACCUUUGGUGUGCGAUUGCUAACACGGUGGUCCUUCCCAAUUUUCAACAGCUGAAAGAAAAUUACCCAGGAUAUAAACAUCAUGGAGGCAUUGUGAGGAACCACCGCCUCAUCCACAUGAUCGGCUGCAGGCCUGAUAAACUCCUGCAUGACACCAGUGCUUUACGACUAUCGUAUGCUCUUAAUAAAAUCGGGGGCGUCCAUUCCCUUGGGAAAAACCUUAUCCGACUGUCCAAAUUUGGAGAGGACAGCGUGGUUGGUGAGGAUGGGCUGCAGUAUAUAUAUCACCCUAUAGCUUACGGGCCUUUCCUUGCUGAUAAGUAUGGGUAUCCUAGUGUCUCAAAGCUCCACCAAAUGGACCCUGUCCAUACCAAGAAAAACUUCUGGGGGAAACAGGGAAUUCUCAGAGUCAUUACUUACACUCAACAUUCAAAUCUGCCUGUUGGGCAUGUUGCUUUGUGGGACUGCAAUGGAUUCUUCCAAUCAAAAGAUUGGAUUGCAAUGCAUUCAUUAAUUACCGUUGAGUUCUGGGAAUCUCCAGAUUCUAACUGUAGCAGUGCAUUGGAGAAGCCAGCAAGUACAAUCAUCCAUCAAAAGCACCACAGAGAAAACCAGCCUCAUCAUUCAUCACAUCAUCCAAUGAAAAUCAUCAAUUCAAAAAUUCCUCCAACAUCCAGCAAAUCAGCAUCCAGUGUAAACACCCAAUCAAAACCAUUGACAAAAACUGUAGUAUUACACUUAGAAACUCCACAUUCUGUUCUGCAUUUGAACAAUAAACACAUGCAGCCUAGUCAACAAACAACUGAACAGCUCUUACAGAAUCCUUCCUACAGGAGAAAAUUUUUGAAGAAACAUUUUCUCAGCAAUGGACAUUUACGUCAUGCAAAACACAGAGGUCUACUUAUGAAAGAAAAUCAGAAGCAUAAGUGAAAAAGUGCUAAUGUAACAUUAUCUAAUGGUGCUAUUGUCUAGUCAGUAAAGUUUAAACCAAUGGUUGCCAUGUCUGAACUAAAUUCAACUGUAAGCAAACUUCUUAUAGACUGGUGUGAGAUUUUGUGCAGCUAUAUCUUUUAGAUACGUGUAUAAUUGUCCUAUUCAUUCAAUGAUUAAGUUUCGGAUGGAUGAAGGUUUCAUAAAAUCAUCUGAUGUUGGUUCUAUUUCCCCUUUCUUUACUACAGAUGAAUCAUUUCUACAAACCCGUCAUCAUAAUAGUGUACUUGGUACACUUUAGUAGUGUUUCUUAGAUUAGGUUAAGUUUCAAUUUCUGAAUGAGCAUAGUGUGUAAUUUUGUGAUUUGUGAAAUAUCAUAUGUGUAUUAACAUUAUAUAUCUAGCAUUUAUUGGCUAGUCAAGUAUUGUUUGUGCAAAUUUAAGAGAUUUAAAUUUACUUGAAAGAAUUGAAAUUUUAUGAGUUCUGAGUUUUGUGUGGGUUUUUGUUGUUUUUCAUUAACACAGAAUAAAAAAUACAUGGAAAUAUUCCUUACAGGAAUUGCAUUUUCAUCAGUAAAGGGUAAUAUGAUAUACCAGAGAUGGCAUUUAUUGAGUUCUACAUGUAUAAUCAGUUUUGUUUGGAUUUUUCUUUAACAUUGUUUUAUCAUGUCAACAUUUCUUAGUCAUGGACAUAUUUGAUCAUAAGAUGUGGUUUUUCAUUAAACAUUUUGAAAAAAAAAAUUGAAUAAAAAUGUUAAAUUCAGUUUGAAAUCAUGAAGAAUUCCCAGUAAACUGCCGGGGUUGUUUUUGCUUCUUGCCUCCAUUCAUCACAUUUACAAUCUAAAGCACUGCUCCUUGCACCAAUACAGCAUGCAUGUAAAUCAAUGUAUACAUAAUGAUAUAUGCUUUUAAAGAUCUAUGGCAUAGGAAGGCAAAUAAAACAUAUGCUACCAGCCCAUUUCAAAAUAUUACAUUUUCAUUAAUUUGAAUCCAUUUAAAAAAGAAAUGCUCUCAUAAAAGAAGCAGAUAUUUACUGUCUUUUAUCAUGCAUUAUAUGUUUUGAACAUAAUCAUUGUACUGCUUCUGUAUACAUGUUUAGCUGGAGUUAUUUCCCUUGUUUUUGAUUACCUGUAUCAGGUACAAAGACUAAUUUUUACCUUAAAAAAGAUGAGAUUUCCAAUAAGGGAGGUAAUUUUCAAUUCAAAAUGAACUGAUGUACCCCAUCUUAGUUUUUGAGGAAUUAUUUUUCCUACUUAAAAGAAAAGAAUUUGGAUGCAUAAUAAAAAUCAGAAAUUUUGCCUGUGAAAAUAAAAUCAAUAAUAGAGUAGAUCGAGAUAGAAUAUAUUUUCUCUCUCACUAAAUACAUGUGCAAGUGACCAUCAUUUCCUGCUUUAAAACAACCAAGCAGUGUGAUUGAAUGUCACCACGUCAUGCAUAUAAUUUAAUAUAGUAAGACGAAUAGACUUGACUACAUUACUACUGCUUGAUUACGAUUUUAUUGGCCAGUAACAUAAUCCUUUAAUAUCUAGAUAAAAUGUUUCUAUUGUACUCUUUGCAUUGGGUGUCACUGCAUAAUUAAAUAAAUGAUUUGAUUUUAUGGAGAUAAACUGAAAAGUAAUGAAGUGAUUGAAUUAAUGCCAUGAGCUGCAGUUUUUUUUUUCUAAGUUAGAACACCUGCCUAGAUUAUGCGUAAUGCAUUUUUAGCUUGCAUUCCAAUAUUUUUAUGCAAAUGUUUUGUCAUUCAAUUGAGUUCUUUCAAGCCCUACAAUAACUGUUCACUAGAGCAGAAAUAUUUAAUGAUGCAAUGUUUUGAAAAGACUAGCACAUUUUUCCGUGUCUGCACACUUUAAUAGUCCCGGCAUCACAUUUGAUCUGGUUCUCUUUAAGAAGAAUAAAAGAAAUGUCUUGUUUUGUGCCUUAUGUAACAUACGUUACAGUGCAUUAAAUCUUGAGAAUGUA